AUGGCGGCUUCGUCGUACUGGCGCGCAGCGGGGAUGACGUAUCUCGCGUACGCGAAUCAGUGCGCUGCGCAUCUGCGGGCGUGCCUCAAGGAGCCGCUUAAGUCACAAGCGAUCGCUCGCGAGCAGGUGUACUACAAGGUCGUGCAGUGGAAGGAGGGCGUGCCGGAGAAGCCAGUGAUCCGGCAAGUCUCUGAGGCGGUGAAGUCAUCUGCCUGA